AUGGCGAUUGUGCACGAUUUGGCUGAAAGUUUGGUCGGAGAUAUAACACCAUUCGAAGGAAUCAGUAAGGAAGAAAAGCAUCGUAGAGAAUCGGAAGCAAUGCGACACUUGUGCUCCCAUUUACUCGAAAACUCUCCACAAUCCAAAGAAAUAUUUGCACUUUGGCAAGAGUAUGAGGAUGCCACAACAAAUGAAGCAAAGUUCGUCAAAGACAUAGACAAAUUUGAAAUGAUUCUCCAGGCUUAUGAGUACGAACAAUCCGAAGAUAAGGAUCUCGAGAAAUUCUUCGAGAACACGAUGGGAAAAUUCAAUCAUCCAGAAGUAAAAUGCUGGGCUGACGAAUUAUGCGCAAAACGUGAGGCUUCUAAACAAAAGAUUAUCAAAUGA